AUGUAUCGACAGAUCUCAAUUCAUAAGGAUGAUCGUAACUUGCAACGCAUCCUCUGGUACGAUUCUCAAGGUCAGAUUCAACCAUAUCAGCUUAUCAUAUCAGCUUACGGUAACGUACGGGCUCCAUUCUUGGCUCUUCGCGUUUUACAACAGCUUAUCGUUGAUGAUGGUUAUCGGUCCCCAAAGGCUAUACCCGCGCUAACCAAGAGAAGGUACGUAGAUGAUAUCUUCGGAGGUGCCGAAUCGAUUGACGAAACGAGGGAAAUAAUAACUCAAGUAGUACAUCUUUGCAUGGCGGGCGGAUUCCCUUUACAAAAGUGGAGUAGCAAUUGCGCGGAGUUGCUUGAUGACUUGGCAGCAUCGCCUGGCUUCAAUGCGCCCUCUGUGAAAUUGGAAUCCCCUCGGGUCAAGGUAUUAGGCCUUUGUUGGCAUCCACACUUGAACACCUUUACGUACGAAUCGGUUCCGUCUCCUCAUCAAAAUAUCACAAAGAGAUCUAUUUUGUCUGAGACAGCGCAAUUAUAUGACCCUUUGGGCCUUAUUGCACCAGUGUUAAUACGAGCAAAGAUUCCGAUCCAGGAACUUUGGUUGUUGAGAAUACAAUGGGAUAGUCCCUUACCUCCUGAACUGCAGGAUCAGUGGUCGGCAUUCAAACAACAAUUACUGACUCUUAACAAUUUUAACAUCCCUCGAUGGCUUAACACUUCAUCAACCGUUCUUUCCAUCCAGUUGCAUGGAUUCUCUGACGCGUCUCAACUCGCAAUGGCAGCGGUAGUGUAUCUUAGGGUCGAAACUCCAAACACCGAAAUUCAGAUCAAUAUUGUUUGCGCCAGAACGAAGGUUGCACCGUUGAAGAAACCGUGCUUCGUCUUGAGCUAA